AUGGUUCAAGAAGCGCGUCUGGUAGCCAGCCUAUCACCGCUUGCGGCAUUCUAUGAACAAUAUCAAAAAGUGGGCCUGCCUCCCGCAGCCUUUGGUCAGAAGAACAUCACAUGGCCGUUAAUUCUGCGACAGAUCAAGCGUCCAGCUCUCUGCUGGCCCUAUUGGGCACCAGAACGAACUGUCGACAAGUACAGCACUGUGGCCAACAUUUGGGACGUGUAUGUUGCAGGCGAGCCAAAGAUGGAUGCAGACGGAAAGCAGACGGGGAUGAAACCGCCACUGCAGUUAGUAGAACAGGAGUUUGGGGAGCGUUGGAGAUCCGGUCCAGAUCUCCCUGGUGACAAGAAGACAAAAGCGGCUGCACGCAAGUCCUGGGAACGAUUCCGUGAGAUACCCGAAUGGAUUGAUAGUCAGGCCAAGCGCCGUUCCAUAUCCCCAUCAACAGUCAUUGAUGAACUCGAGGCACUUCGUAGUUUUACUCUCAGGGACGGGAUCACGGAGACAAAGAUGGGAUUGAACCAGCUAUCAAAACGAGUCAAGAGUAUGCGCCUGGAUGGCUUGAAGUCUUUUCCGUCUUUCACAACUCCUCCAUCUGAGCUAGAGACAGCGUCCUCUCCGUUGCUGGUGCCACUGCCUUCAACAUCGUCAUUGCUUGAUCCCCCCAUCGACUUGGUAGUCCAGACCACUGCUAAACGCCGUGCACCAGCUAUCGGAGCUCGCACUCGCCCGGCAAAGAAGGCUAAAGUUAGCCAGUUCGACGCGUCGGACAGCGACACGCCCUUCGCACGGAUGUUGAGCGGGAAGAUCUCGCCGGUGAUGACCCACGCGACGGGGCCCCAGGAGGUGGCGAAGAACGCGAUGUAG